CUGGCUAUGGCCGCUGCGAUCGCCAGCUCCCUCAUUCGGCAAAAGAGGGAGCGGGAGCGGGAGAAGGCGAAUGCCUGCCGCUGCGCAAGCAGUCCGAAUAUUUGCAAAGCAGGGGACAGGGGACCCUGUGAGAAACCGAGCAAGCUGAACGUGUUCUCACGCGUCAAACUCUUUGGCUCUAAGAAACGGAAGAGAAUAAGUCGACCAGAGCCCCAGCUCAAGGGGAUAGUGACGAGGCUAUACAGCCGCACAGGCUUCUGCCUUCAGAUGCAGGCUGAUGGAACCAUCGAUGGAACCAAGGACGAGGACAACAGCUAUGCUGUGUUCAACCUCAUUCCUGUUGGGCUGCGAGUGGUAGCCAUCCAGGGGGUUCAGACCAAGCUUUACCUAGCCAUGAACAACGACGGCUUCCUCUACACUUCGGAACACUUCACCCCGGAGUGUAAGUUCAAGGAGUCAGUGUUUGAGAACUACUACGUGACCUACUCCUCCAUGCUCUACAGACAGCAGCAGUCUGGCAGGGCCUGGUACCUUGGCCUCAAUAAAGAGGGAGUCAUCAUGAAAGGGAACCAUGUGAAGAAGAAUAAACCAUCAGGCCACUUCAUCCCCAAGCCACUGAAAGUUGCCAUGUACAGGGAACCCUCUCUCCAUGAUCUGACCGAGUUCUCCCACUCCAGCAGUGGUACUCCCACCAAGAGCCGUAGUGCAUCAGCCCUGCUGAACGGAGGAGGGAAGACACUGAGCCAGAACGAGCAGUCCACAUAGCUGUGGUGGUCAGCGUCAGGCAGAGGGCGGUUCUCACUGUAAGCAGACUCAACUGAUCCUCAUCAAACUGAACAGGUGGAGAGGAAGCAAAUUAGCUUAGCUUAGUGUGUACUGAAACCACUGUGACAGACUAUGACAUCAUCAAUUAAAUAAAUCCAUGAGCGAGCUUCUGCGGGUCAACUUUGCUAUGAACUUCGAUACGAAAAGCCAUUUUGCUGGUCUGGAAUUUAUAUUCUUCCUUGUAUUCUUGAGCAUAUGUAGUGUAUUACCAAUGUAUAUCUCUCUGAAGUUCUUGAGAGGGAGAGUUACUGGUCAGUAUUUAUGUGGUCCAUCAACUGUUGCUUUCAUGCCUCCUAAAAAAAGCUUUUUUGUGUGUUUGAGUCCAAGGUGUACAUAUCUGCAAGCCUUCUGCCUCGUCUACCAUAUAAAUUGCUUGCCAGCUAUACUGAUUGCGAUCAUUUGUUCCUGUGUACCAAAGAGUCAAGCGUGUUUCUCUAGUUUUACUCAAGGCAAAAAAAGAAAGGAAGAAAGAAAUCGAAUCACAAGCAUAGGCCAUGUCCUAAAUCUGUCUUAUCUACUACUAAAACGACACACUGUGUAGUGUGUACCAAUCGUACUACAAACUGUGUAGUGUGUACUAGUCGUACUACAUACUAUUCAGAACAGGGGGGCAGGGUAGCAUAGUGUUUAGAGCGUUGGACUAGUAACCGAAAGGUUGCAAGUUCUAAUCCCCAAGCUGACAAGGUACAAAUCUGUCUUUCUGCCCCUGAACAGGCAGUUAACCCACUGUUCCUAGGCCAUCAUUGAAAAUAAGAAUUUGUUCUUAACUGACUUGCCUAGUAAAAUAGAGGUAAAAUAAAGAACAUACUGUUUAGUAAACAUUUAUGCAGUAAGCAACAAAUAUCAACAUACUAGGCUCCCCCAUACUGAGAAUGCAUCAUCUAAUGCACAAUUGCAUUGUUUUCCGACAUUCAUUCGUUUUGGUACAACCCCAUCCCCCCUUUUCUGAUUAUCAGCUGAUAUGUUGUCACACACACGUGGGUCUAAAAAGACAAAUCUCUUCCUCAAUAGCAUGACAUCCUGGCAUUUAAAGCAUUUUCAAAAUGUGUCAUACUAUGAAAGGUUCUAUUUUGGCAUACCAUCUCAGUCUACGAGUUACAACACAAGGAGACGAGGGGUAAUCAGACACGGACAAUGUGUGGUCUACAGAAACUUGUUUUAAUAAUAAAAUAGAGAAACAGAGUAGUUGUUUAAAAACUUAUGUCAACCCUUUUACAGUAUUGUGUCAUUAGUAGUCUCCUUUGACAAACUAUAAACAACAUUUCAUAUGGUAUUUAGAUGUAUUCAGUCAUUUGUGUGUGUGUGUGUGUGUGUGUGUGUGUGUGUGUGUGUGUGUGUGUGUGUGUGUGUGUGUGUGUGUGUGUGUGUGUGUGUGUGUGUGUGUGUGUGUGUUUGUGUGUGUGUGUGUGUGUGUGUGAAAGGAUAUUAACAUAAUCCUUGAUUUUUUUUAUUUUACCAUCAAAUGGGGAUUAUUAGUGAAAUUGAGGGCUCUUACAGAUAAAAUGAUUGUUUGUAUUCUCCUGCAUUGUUUUUUCCCCCUGGAGCCGAAUAGAUGCUUAUGUCUAUCAUUUUGAUUGAUUGACACUAUUAUUGCAUGGAAGACUGUGGACCUCUGGGAAAUAGCAGCAUGAUGUACUGUAGGUCUACUAUGCUUAUUAUCUACCUGUUUUGGACGCUGUGCUCCAGUCUAUACCAGACUACAAGUGAAUGAUCCACAGAGCACAGAUACACUUUUAAUCUGGUACCUUCUUGCAGUAGGUUAUUUGUUGUUCUAACAAAAAUGCACUGAAUAAAAUG